AUGAAGAUCUUCCACGUUCCUUGUCUACAAGACAACUACUCUUAUCUGAUAAUCGAUGAGAGCACCGGAGACGCGGCGGUUGUGGAUCCAGUUGAUCCGGAGAAGGUGAUCUUGUCGGCUGAGCAGAACAAUGCGAAUAUCAAGUUCGUACUCACCACGCAUCAUCACUGGGAUCAUGCGGGUGGGAAUGAGAAGAUUAAGCAGCUGGUGCCGGGGAUCAAAGUAUACGGAGGUUCUCUGGAUAAGGUCAAGGGAUGCACUGAUGCGGUCGAUAAUGGUGACAAAUUGUCUUUGGGUGAUAAUGUCAACAUAUUAGCUCUCCACACCCCUUGUCACACGAAGGGUCACAUUAGUUACUAUGUGACCGGCAAUGGAGGAGAAACCCCAGCCGUGUUCACCGGAGAUACACUGUUCAUUGCUGGAUGUGGAAAGUUUUUCGAAGGGACAGCUGAACAGAUGCAUCAGUCGCUGUGUGUGACACUGGCUUCAUUACCUAAACCCACGCAGGUUUACUGCGGCCACGAGUACACCGUGAAGAACUUAGAAUUUGCUUCAACUGUGGAACCAAACAACGAGAAGAUACAGCAGAAGUUAUCAUGGGCCCGUCAACAGCGCCAAGCAAAUCUUCCCACUAUCCCUUCAACACUAGAGGAGGAACUCGCAACAAACCCGUUUAUGCGCGUUGAUAAUCCUGAGAUACAGGAGAAACUCGGUUGCAAAACGCCGAUUGAUACACUCAGGGAAAUCAGGAACAAGAAGGAUCAGUGGAGGGGCUGA